GCUUCUCACUUCUGCACCUCAGCCGGUUUUUACGGAGCUUUUUCCAGUUGAGGUGUAACUACGUUUGCAUGUGCCACAUAAAGCUUCUUACUCUCAACAAUUUAUGUGGUCAUCUGAAUCAUCACAUAGCCACCUCAUGUCAUCACCACAGCAAACAAACUGUGUUUUAGAGUAAUAUAAGAUCGGGUCACUAAAAGAUUUUGAGCAUAUCUAAGCAUCUUAAAAAAAGAUAAAUAAGCUCUUGGCUAACAUAAAUGUUUCAGGCUUAAAGGAGAACAUUCAUGAGUCUAAACUGUAUCUCGGUAUCAUAGUAAUUGAGAGAAAAAGCCUAAUUAGCAUCUUUCUUCUCCAAAGGACCGUUAAUUGGUGUGAUUCUUAGGCAGUAAACAAGCCACAUAGUAGUUUCCUGUACAUAUUUAAGACCCAGCAGAGGCAAUUUGUCUUCACUGUUGGACAGUCCAUUAAUGUUAAGAUCUUGGGCUCAUUCUGCCUGGUUUUUAGUGCCACGUAUGUUGAUGGUUGAUUGACUGUAUUCACUUUGGAUAAAAGCAUGAACUUAAAGAUGCUGAACUACGUCAAGCUUCACCGACUUGUGAAAAAACACAAAAAAACAGGUGAACAGCUCUUUGUGCAGCAAACAAACUGCAGGCAUGUUUACAACAGGUGCUGCACUAGCUCACACAGAUUGUCUGUUGAGCAGCAGUGCAGAUGGAUCCCUGAAGGAGUGUGAACAGCACUACAAACCACCUACAAAUACAAACUAGGAGGGAGAGCUAGUGCUAAGAAAUGUAGGGGGUAAGUUGUCCAGUCAGAAAUAUGCUUUCUAUGUAUCUUCUCAAAGUUAGGACAAUUUCUUGUAAUUAUGUCAUAACUGUAAGAUUUGAAUGCAAAACAGUGUAUAAUUGUUGAAAAGUAUAUCUCAACUGUGUGAGAAAAGUUACAGAGGAAAUGCUGCUGGGGAUUUAAAACAAGACGUUCAAAUUACAUUCCCAGAAAACUGCUUUGUCCCAAAUUAAGGACCAUACACAGUUGGCUUUUCAUGUGUAUGCUUUGCCAAGUUUCUGAGUGGAGACAUAAUAAUUAUGUUAUCAAAAUGAAAAGGCAACUUGAAUGACCUUCGGGGUCUCAAACCAAAGUCUUAAAUUUGUGAGAUAGUUCUCUGAUAAUAAGAUGGUCUCACUGACUUAAGAGUAUCUUUUUAGCAAGAUUUAUUAAGACAGUCAGCCAUGUCCAGUAAUGGCUGCAUAUUACAAAUAUAAUCCAAGCAAACAGAAGCAGUGGAGUUGUAAUGACUUUUUGUGGCAUCACUCGAAUGAUGGUCUCAUUAUCUUACGAUUUAAGUGCUUUGAUCAAUCCCCUUUCUGACGUUGCCUCAGGUUUAGUGAUUGCACUGUCAUCCCUCUCAGAACAUAAGAUCAAGUUGUUUUUUUGGAUGACACUUUUCACAUCUGUGUGCGUGUGUGUGUGUGCGUGAAAAGGCUGAUAGGUUGGUGCAUGCCCCGUGUGCGACUGCUAACUUUCUCCGUCCCUUUGCAUGAUGCGUGUGGUGUGUGCCUUAACCCCUGAGCAGGACAGCACUGAUGCUUUUGGAGACAGCUGGAGAGGGCCCUACCAACCAGACACUGCAGAUGGACGAACUACCUCACCACAGCCCCCAUCAUUUACAUUACCCAGAACCUUAGACCACAUAUCCUCAUCCACCUCCCCCACCCAAGGCCCUUCCUCUGGCCAGCCACAAAGCGUGGAUCCUUCUCAGUCUGCCUCAGCACCAGGGCAGAGCCAGGACCAACAUGGCGUUCAGGAGCUUCCUCAACCUUUGUGCCCCGCAGAGGCUGCUGGUUCUACAACUCAUCAGGUCCAACCUCACCCUCUGCCGCUCCAUAGCAAUUCAGAAAUGUCCCCUGUACCCAGUCCAUCAACAGACGUCCUCCCAACACAGUCCCCUCCUGCAGACAUGACAACACCAUCCCAGUAUCCAGAGGGUGAGGAACAUUGUACAGCCUCAGAGGGUGAUGCUGAAUCAUUUAAGGUCCUGAACAGCUCAAUGACCUCCCAACCAGAGGAACUAUCCCCCAUUCAGCCCAUGGAGCAGGAGACCAUUAAGCCCCACACCGCUAAUUCCACUGAAGCCUGUAAGAGUGCUGCUAGCCAACCGGACUCAGUUGAAAUGGAGUCUCCCACCGCAUCCCAGGGCGAGGUGACCACCGAGAGGGACCACCCUGAAGCCGAGCGGCGCUCCAGCUCCGACAACAUCCCCUCGCUGGCAGCAGCUCUGAUGGAGCUCCACGAGCUGAUUGUCACCAACAGCUGUGCUCAGUCCCAAAGCCGCAGCACCUCCUGCUCCCCGUCACAUCCAUUCAGACAGGAGGCAGACGAGCUGGUCACCGAGCCCCGGACCCCGACACCUGAAGACACCCAGCCUACCCCCUCCACUGCUGUUACUAUUACACCUGGUGCAGAACCAAGCGAUGCCAAAGCCAACCAUGCUGCUGCUGUGUGUGAUGAGGGACCAUCUAAGUGUCUUGUGUCCGACCUCUCUGGCCAGGAUGAGUAUCUUGGUGGAGAUGAAGCAGAGACUGUGGAGGAACAAGGGCCACCUCAGCAUCCAGGUGGCUCUGGGGAGAGGGGGGCGGAUAGAAGUGGGAUAAAUGAAGUCGGUAAUAUCAGCAUCUCUCAGCCUGAGCCAGAGGCGCCUCCUGAUCCUGCUGCAGGCCCGGAGCUCAGGGACCCUCCUGAGGGGCAGCAGGGGACAGGGGCAGCAGACGGACAAGCCUCUGGCAACAUCAGCCCAGACACUCUUGGCCCCAAGACUGAUCAGACUUUUCUCUGCCCUCUGUCAAUAACAGCGGGCUCAUCUGAGGAAGUCUCUAGCACCACGUCCUCCUGUGGUCGUCCUCUAGCUCAGGCUGCCCAGACUUCAUCUGCAGCCCCUCGUCCCGCGGCUCCACAUCCCUUUACAGAACCAUUUCCUGCUGAGCACAUCCAGAGAAUCCAGGCAGCUGGCUUUUCUGCCAGGGAGGCUGCAGAGGCUCUGGAACAGGCCCAUGGGGUUGUGGAGCUUGCUCUGCUGGCACUACUCGCCCGCAGUAUCACUGUGCCCACCUAGACUCAACCACUCAUGCUGAGUCCCCGGCCUCCGAACUCUGCAUCUGUCUUAUUUAUACCUUGUUACUGAUCCAGAUGUCUCAGCUCCUUUUUACCAGGGAGCACAUCUAAACACAGGGAAAUGCUGUCUCUUGGUUUGUCAUGAAGAAUAUCCAAGAACAAACAGGACAACCGCUAAUUCUGUUCUGGAUAUGUGAGGUGUGUUUGCAUGCAGAUGUUUUGGUGCCCACCCAUUUCAUUUGUUUUUAGAGAUUUCGUAUUAUAGAUUGAUUUUCUUCUUUAUUUGUUGUCCAACUUUGACAUUUUAUUAAAUGCCCCUCGUAUAAAUGGUUCUUGAACUGCUGAACUUUGUUAUAAUUUGUUAUUAAAGCAGCAUGAUUUCUACACCCCAUGCUGGACUGCCCUAGUCGGGUGAGCUUUAGAUCAUUCAGCACAAACAUGGAAAUAUGAAACGAUUUGGUGAUUUUUCUUCUUUUUCUUUUUGUUGAUUUUUAUGUUUGUUUCCCCUUCAAUUUACAAAUUAGAACCUGUUCAUGGAGAAGUGGCUGUUGAGUAGGGUUGAUCAUUUCUGAUCCAGUUUACAAAUCACACACAAGUGGAAACCCCUACAUUCACAGCCAUUCUCACACUGAAAUAUCAAGUGAGCCACACACACGUGUGUAUGUCUAUGUUGAGGUUUGAUCAUUAUCAUUUUUUGAAUCCAGUUUGUGUAUUGGAGAAGGGAUCUCGUACUGUAUGUAUCAUUCUCCACAGUUUGAAUGCGCUGCCAUGUAUUGAUUACAAAUCUGUUUGUAGCUCCUGUUCAGAAAGUCCAUGUUGUGUCAAAUCAUCCUAGUGUGUUCAUACCUUUAAACGCAUCUACUUUCAUUUUGUAAUCUGUUAGAAUAUAGCCAUUCGCAACUGUCAAAUCUUUUGUCACUACUUUCAUCGUAUUAUCAAGGAUUUUAAUGUCUUUAUUUGAGUCAAGUACCGACAUUGUUCAGGCAGAUCGAAUUAUUUACUUUUAUGAAAUUUUAAAUUGCAAAUAAAAUGGAACUAGUAUUUGUAUAACA